AUGCUUAACGGAAUUUCCAAUCGUUUAAAUCAGAAAAAGCUAUGGAGAGUUGUGGGAUUUAUGUCAAGCAUCGUUGGACUGCUCUGCUAUGCAUUGAGCUCCUCUUUCAAACAUCUAUUUGGAGAGUUGAACUUCCUCAAGAUCAUCCUUUACACCGUCGUAAGUUUCAUAAUCAGCAACAUGAUGUUAUUUUUGAAGAAAUGGAAACUUUCGAGGAGUUUCUUACAGAAAGCUCAUGUGGGUGUUCUUGUUUUGUUGCUCACCUCUUUGUAUUCGUUUGAAAUUGAUAAAGCUGUGAAUGGAAAACCAGACCUAUUAAGUCUGAUUUCGAGUGCAGCCUUUGCUUUAAUGUCUUUGUGCCUGUCAAAACAGAUUAACCUUGGGUUUGAAACGGAUCUCCUCAAUUUCUUCCUUGGAUGUCUAACUGUUCAACUCAUGAAGAUAAACUUGAUUCUCUGUAUCAUUACAGCCAUAUUCAGCUAUUCCCUCAUGGUUCUUUAUUCCAAAUUGGGUUCUCAAUCAGAGAUUGGAACUCUAGAAAUGGAUAAUCAUGUGAUCGUAGAAAUUGAUGCUGCAGAUGGAGUAGAAAGAGGAGGUGAUGACAAUAGAAGUAAAUUCCAAUUUGAUCAUACCAAUGGCAGCCAACAAAUUGAGGGGUUAAGAAGAAGGCAAGAUGAUGGGUACAAUUGGAGAAAAUAUGAAGAGAAACAAGUGAGAAGAAGUGAGAAUAAGAGAAGCUACUACAAAUGCACAUACCCCAAUUGCUCUGUGAAGAAAAAAGUUGAAAGAGAUGUAAAUGGGCAAAUUAUUGAGAUACUCUACGAGGGUACCCAUGUCCAUUGGAAGCCUGAGCAUACAGUGAAGAGGAACUCAUCAUUUGAAUAUCUUUAUUCACUUCUACCUUCAGAGCCUGUCCUCACUGACAUGCCAGAUCAAUCAUUUGCCUCCCAUGGCAGUGGACAAUUGGAUUAUGAUGCAACAUCUGAGAAAUCCUCAGUAUCAAUAUGAACUGUUGAAUUUUUAUUUUUUUGUUUUAGUUGGUUCCCUGAAGAAUACUGAUAUAGAAGUUUGGAACAAUUGAGUUGUUUUGAGGGAAGUAGUGGAUCGGCUAGUUGCGGAAAGGGAAGCUAAUGCCACUGAUCGUUUCCUUCCCUGCUCGUUAAUCUGUAAUGCAUGUUUGAAUCUAAUAUUCAGGGUACCGUAUCUUGAGAUAUAUAAGGCCUUGGUCACUCCCAACCAUUAUGGAGUUGGAGGUGGUGUUCCCGCAGAUAGUGUAACACUCAAAUCAAUAUCUGAAAGUGAAUAUGAAGGCAAUAUGCUUACCUGGCAAGAUCUUGAACGAGAGUGUAGACCUUUGUUUAUGUAUGGCGGUGUCCAGAGUUGAGAGUGGAUAAGAUAUGAGUAAUGGGCCAUCAAU